UUCGGGAGAUCAGCCCCAGCCUCGCCGCCGCCUCCGCCGCUAGGUCGCGAGCGCGCGUCUCCACCGCACCGCGGCGCAGGGAGCGACUCGCACAGCUCGGGCUAGCGGCGGUGGUGAGGCUUGGGCACUGGAAGAGCCGGACACUGCAGAGCCUGCGUGAACUGAGGAAGGCCUUCUGAGACCAAGUGCGACAGAAAACUGUUCUGAAGCUUCGGUUUCCACAGCGCUUUAGAUGACAUGAAGCACCGGAUAUUGUACUCAAUUUAACCUGGCAACGAUGAAGCAAUCGGGAAUGUUUUGAGAGCAAACGAAGCUUGGAAGAAAGUGCCCCUGUAGCUCCAGGGAAGACAGAGGAAUUAAUCCUUAAGAACUGCCCCCUCCCGCAAGGUGGAGAUGUCUGCCCAGAGGCUGACUUCUAACAGAACAUCCCUGCAGCCAGCAUCUAAUUCUGAUUAUACCUGGGAGUAUGAGUACUAUGAGAUUGGACCCGUGUCCUUCGAGGGACUAAAGGCUCAUAAGUAUUCCAUUGUGAUUGGAUUCUGGGUUGGUCUUGCGGUCUUUGUGAUUUUCAUGUUUUUUGUGCUGACUUUGCUGACGAAGACAGGUGCCCCACAUCAAGACAAUGCAGAGCCGCCAGAGAAGAGGUUCAGAAUGAACAGCUUCGUGUCAGGCUUUGGGAAACCACUGGAGUCAGAUCAGGUGUUCUCUCGUCAGGGUAACGAGGAGUCCCGGUCUCUCUUCCACUGUUACAUCAAUGAAGUGGAACACUUGGACAGGGUCAAAGUCUGCCACCAGACAACAGCCAUCGACAGUGAUGUCCAGCUCCAGGAAGCCGUCAGAAGCAGUGGGAGGCCCGAGGAGGAGCUGAGCAGGUUUAUGAAGUUUGACAUCCCUAACUUCGUAAACACAGACCAGAACUCCUUUGGGGAGGAUGAUCUUCUGAUUUCGGAACCACCUGUUCUUCUAGAAAAUAAGCCAGUUUCCCAGACUUCACGUAUAGACCUGGACUGAGAAAUGCUUGUGGGCAUCUUCCUGAGGAUGCAUUCUGUCUCUGUAUAGCCAGAAACCUCCCCUGUCCCCUUGGGGUGUGUGUGUGUGUGUGUGUGUGUGUGUGUGUGUGUGUGUGUGUGU